UGGAUGGUUUGCCACAUGCAAUGCACUUCAAUGCCAGUGUUUUUUUUUUAAGAUCCUAAAUUCAAGCUUGAUUAAUUUCUCUGAUUUUUUUAAUCACUUUUGCAUGUGAAAUUUGCAGAGAUUGAUUCUCAUAUGUUAGACUGUGUGCCAAUGCUUUUAACUUUUUUCUGCAGAUGAUAAGAAGAACAUUGAAUUUUGUUAAUAGAAAUCUCAGAAACAGCAGCAUUUACUCUCUUUUUUUUCAUGCAUGAAGACAAACUCAUUCACAGUCCCCAACACUGAGUUUUUCAUGUUAUAAAUAUACCUCUUCUUCCUCUCUUGUUCCUCACCUCUCUUUCCAAUUCAUUACAUCCAUGGAGCUUCCUCUUCUUAUUCUUCUUGUCAUUGUGUUUCAUUUAAGCAGGGUUAGCCAAGUUCAUGGAGACAGUGGUUGGUCUAGUGGUCAUGCAACUUUCUAUGGAGGUGGUGAUGCUUCUGGCACAAUGGGAGGAGCUUGUGGUUAUGGUAAUUUAUACAGUCAAGGAUAUGGGACAAACACAGCAGCAUUGAGCACAGCUUUGUUCAACAAUGGACAGAGUUGUGGUGCAUGUUUUGAGAUAAAAUGUGUGAAUGAUGACCAAUGGUGUCUUCCUGGCUCCAUUGUUGUCACUGGAACAAACUACUGUCCACCUAACAAUGCUUUGCCUAACAAUGCAGGAGGCUGGUGUAAUGCACCACUGCAACACUUUGAUCUUUCUCAGCCUGUUUUUCAGCUCAUUGCUAAGUAUAAAGCCGGCAUUGUUCCGGUUCAAUACCGCAGGGUUGCUUGUGAGAAGAAAGGAGGUAUUAGAUUCACUAUCAAUGGUCACUCUUACUUCAACCUUGUGUUGAUUACUAAUGUAGGCGGUGCCGGGGAUGUUGUAUCGGUGUCGAUUAAAGGCAGUAGUAACACUGAUUAUCAACCGAUGAGCCGGAACUGGGGACAGAAUUGGCAGAGCAAUAGUUACUUGAAUGGCCAAGCUCUGUCAUUCAAAGUGUGCACUAGUGAUGGUGCAUGUAUAACUUCAGUGAAUGUUGCACCUUCUAACUGGGCAUUUGGGCAGACAUACACAGGUGGUCAGUUUUGAAGCCCAAGUUUGCUAUCAUUGUGAGGCUUUUUUUGGUAUGGCCUUUUGCAAUGCAUGCUUGAUCCUUUGUUUAAUGUUUGUGUCUGGAGUUAUAACUAGUGUUUGUGAUUUUGUUUUCGAUUGUGUUCUUCUGAUGUGAAGAUGGUGUCUAAUUAACUUAGGCUGUGGUGAAACAGGGGUUGUUUGUCACCCGCCAAUUAAUGCUGUUCUCUCUUUCAAUACACUUGUUUUCUGUGUUUG